GGAGCUUGCAGUCUACCUAACUGUAUUUAGAUAAACAUGUUGUUUCUCUGAAAGAAAUUUCCUCUGAUGACUUAUUGACACGGGAACAACGAUUCUGUGAAUAUCUUUCUAACUUAACCUAACUGAUUAUCACGUGUUAAAUCCAUAAACUUGCCCGCAGGCCGUGUUAGUAAUGCUCAAAACAUUACAGCACCCAUAUCAGCGGAGUCAUGUUUGGAGAAUAGAAACUGAAAGUAAUCACCAUUUAUGAAGCAGGGAAGGAAAACGAAUCUUAAAAAGGGGAGGCGUUGAUCAGCUGUGUAUAUAAACAGUGUGUGGGCAGAAACCUUUCAAAGCUGCAGCUGAGCAUCGUUUGUCUACCUGCAACACUCUCAAGACUUUUAACUUCCCGGAAGAUUUAGCUAACGAUCACAAGGACACUUUCAUCAUGGAAAUAAACAUCAAAAUGCUGACUGGGGCUUGCCACAUACUGAGGGUGAACCCAGGCGACACAGUGGCCUCUCUGAAAACACGCAUCCAGGAGAAACUGGGAGUUUCUUGCGACACUCAGAAGCUGAUGUUUGUGAACGGCCAGAACACUCAUCUCAGCGACGACUCACAGCCCAUUAGCCGGUACGGCCUGCACCACGGAGCCACCGUGUCCCUGCUGGUGACCCAGCCGGUGCAGGUGUUACUCAAAGACGAGGCGGGGAAGACCACCACCUACGACAUCAAACCGGACGAGACUGUGAGCCACUUUAAGAGCAGGGUCGAGAGCCGGCAGGGGGUCCCUGCAAACCAGCAGAGGCUCAUUCAUGAAAGCAGAGAGAUGAACGAGGGGAAACUGUCCGACUACAACGUCACUGCAAAGAGCACCAUCUACCUGACUUUCCGUCUGAGAGGAGGCUGAGGAGAAGAGAAUAUUAUGCACAUUUUCUUUAUUUAAUCUAAAUUAACAAAAUAUAGCCUUAAAUUCCAUAUAUUUUUAAUGUAUCUGUAUUUUACUUUGGACAAGUGAAUGCAUUCCUUCACGUGUUAAAGUACCAUGUAUGUUUAAAAAAAAAAAAAAAAGAUUUAUUUUAUUUUGGUAGGAGAAGUAUACAGACAGAGACUAUUUACGUUUCCUGUGCUGUACCUUUUCCCUUGGUUCAUAUUCUGCACAUUCCUUCAACUAAUCUAAAUGAAGAUAAUUUUGUGUCAAUGUCAUAUUUAAAAAGAAAAAAUUGUACUGAUGUGAUAUUUAAAAAAAAAAAGUUAAAUCAUUCCUCCAUGUGUAAAUGAGCAUCCUAUGGUCUUAAAUGCCUUUUUAAAAAUUAUUUGUAUUUUAAUUUGGUCAAAUCAAUGCAUUCCUUCAAGUGUAAUACUGCUCUAUAUCUUAAAAACUUGUUUAGACUUAAUUUGUUAUUUUCUUGUAAAGGUACAAAUAUGUUACACACACAACAAAGGAUGUAAUAAUUUUAUUUUGACAUUAAUUGGACAUUGUUUAGAAAAACAAAACAAAAAAAUAAAGUUCAAAAUGUAAA